ACAGCUCGGCCCUCGGCGUUCGCGUCAGACGCAAUUCCGACACGGCGGCAGUCGUACGUUCCGCGAUCACACGCACACACCGCGACAUUUUUACCUUUUACACACUGAACACACCACCUUAACCACCACCAUCAUCAUCACCUCCACCACACCUACUCAAACCCUUACAGAACACCACACACUCACGCCGUCCCGAGUCCCGUUUUGUUUUUACGGUUGUUAUCAUUUUCGCGCGUUUUACACCAAUUAAUAAGAAAAAAAAUAAUUUUAACGUCGAUCGAUCGUCAAUCUUAGACUCAGUUUUUAUUUUUCUCUUUGACCGUCGCGUGUGUGCAUUACCUACUCUACAAAGAAUAUAUCGAGUACAAUAAAAUCAAGCAAAAAAUAAAAUCGAAAUAUCGCCGAAACGACUGUGCACGGACGGUCGACCGCCCUCACCGUCCCUGCAGUAGUGACCUGCCGUUGUCACCGAGUCUGCAAAUUACCGCCGUCGUUGUCUGGGAUCGAAGACACAAUACCGCUGAUCAGCUGCUGCAGAAACCGUGCCGCGCCACGGUAGUGACCACAUGUUGGCGCUGGUAGUGGUCGUCACGCAGCAUUACACCCACCCGGUUGAAUCGUGGAGGCCGUCGCCGUUGGAGGGUUGAAGAGGGCCCGAGGUGGUGCUUACAACGGACCAGAGGCCGCCGCCGCGACCCUCAAGAAGCUCAGACUGGACGCCGCCACAGCCGCCGCAGCCGCAGCCGCAGCCGCAGCGAUGAACAUGUCGCCAACAGGUCAUACGCCACCGCUGCAAGUCCAACAGCAGCAAGGACCUGGCAACGUGUCGGUCGACGGUCAGCAGUCCGUCGUCACUGGCAUGUGCAACAGCAUCGAUUCCGUCGGGCCCGGCGAGGAAGAGGUAAGGACGUUAUUUGUCAGUGGUCUACCAAUGGAUGCCAAGCCACGUGAACUAUACUUGCUGUUUCGAGCUUAUGAGGGUUACGAAGGAUCUCUGUUAAAAGUUACAAGCAAAAAUGGCAAAACGGCUUCGCCAGUGGGUUUUGUUACGUUCCAAACACGCGCUGGCGCCGAGGCUGCUAAACAAGAUCUUCAGCAGGGCGUCCGGUUCGAUCCCGACAUGCCGCAAACCAUACGGCUAGAAUUCGCUAAAAGCAACACGAAGGUUAGCAAGCCAAAACAGCCCGCCAACGCAAACGUCACGCCCAACACGCACCAAGGCCUGAUGCACCCGCUCACCGGACAUUUAGGCACCCCGUUCUUCACCGGCGCUCCAGCAGAGUUAUGGCAUCAUCCGUUGGCGUACGCUGAUAUGCCAACUGCAGCCACGGCCACGGCUCUACAACACGCAGCUCUCGUCCAUCCGGGGCUACAUCCACAUCCUCAACAGCCGACGUUGACGCUGGGCCCACAUGGCCUUCCGUUCCUGCCCUCCCCCGCACUGCCCUCGCCGCCCAACCAGCAGCAGCCCCAGCCGCCCUGUUCCACGCUGUUCGUCGCCAACCUUGGGCAGUUCGUGUCUGACCACGAGCUUAAAGACAUUUUCGCCAGGGAGUAUGCUGGCCAAAAGAAAUUGGACAACGUCAAUUUCACGUAUACUCACAUGCAGUUGAACAACACCUGACAACUACAAGAUAGACCACCAGUACCUGCCCAAGUCUAGAAAACUCGCGACACGACAAAAAUAACCUCCCAAAACCCUAAAGAAAAAAAUCUUAUUUAAAUUGAUUUGAAUUUGAAAAAGAAAUAUUAUUAAAUAAUUGCUAGCUUAAAGCUUCUUAAGCUGUUGUACAAAGCAGUUACAAUUUCCUUGUACGCCUGUAGUGUUUAUAAAACAUACCUAUUCAUCA